AUGUCCCAGCAUCCUUCGGUCGACGAAGACGCGGAGAUCGUGGAUGCUGCUCCUGCGGAGAAGGGCUCGUCACAAGUCGACACGAUCGUCGUCGCGCCGCUGAGAAGGGAGGAACCGCUGGUCACCAGGAAGGAACUCUGGAGUUACUACAUGUAUUACAACGGAGAUAACGGCGUCGGUCCGCUCAGUUCUUCCAUGACCCUCUUCCAGUCUCUCGCAACCUCCGCCGGCUACGACCCUGUCAAUGGCCCCGGCUCAUCCUGCACUGCACCAGAUGCCUCCGGCCGAUGUGUCCUCCCCUGGGGCAGCGGCACCAAGUCCGUCAGCUCCGUCGUCCUCGUCGCCAACGGCGUCAGCUUCGCCGUCAUGACUGCGAUAUUCACAACGAUCGGGUCCGCCGCGGACUACGGCACGUUCGGGCGGUGGCUCCUCUUCGUGGUCACUGUCAUCUGCUGGGCCGCGCAGUUCGCCAGCAUGGCGCUCACAUCACCGUCCCGGUGGGGCGCAGCGAUGGCGCUUUACAUUGUUGGCUUCGUCACGUACGGUGCAACCCUCGUCUUUUAUGCCGCUGUCUUCCCGCGGCUUGCGCGCAACACGCCACACUCGCGCGCACUGCGCGAGCGCUACGAGACAGGUGAGAUCCCCGCAGCCGAGUACGAGGUCGAGGAGAGUCUCGAGAAGAACAGGAUUAGUAACAUCAGCACCAUGCACAGCAAUGUAGGGUAUAUUGUCACCCUCGCGCUCAACCUGUCGCUCCUGCUCCCACAGGCGAACAACCCGAAGGUGGACAAUUACGUACUCGUUCUGACGAAUGCGUACUGGGUUAUUACAGGCAUCUGGUGGUUCAUCUUCCAAGAGCCCCGGCCAGGCCCGUCGCUGCCGAAGGGUGAGCACUACCUCACGGUAGGGUGGAAGCAAAUCUGGGUGGCGGUCCGGCAAUACAAGAAGCUGCCGCACACAUUCGUGUACCUCGUCGCGUACUUCCUGCUCGCUGACGGCCUGAACACGACGGGCACGCUCGUGUCGAUAUGCCAGAACGACAAGUUCCAGUUCUCGUUCCUGUACAACACGUACCUAGGGCUCUCGCAGGCCGUCACGUCCACCAUCAGCACGCUCGGGUUCUGGUACAUCCAGAAGUACUGGAAAAUCAGCACGAAGAAGAUGUUUGUCGUCACCAAUGUGGUGACGAUCUUGAUCCCGCUCUGGGGCAUGGUCGGGAUCUGGACGACGCGGUUUGGGUUCCACAACGUCUGGGAAUUCUGGGCAUACAAUGUCGUCUUUGGCCUCUUCCAGGCGCCGUACUACGCGUUCUCGCAGACGAUGAUGGCGGAGCUCACGCCGCCCGGGUUCGACAACAUGUUCUUCGGGCUGUUCGGGCUGUCGAACCGCGCGUCGUCGAUGAUCGGCCCGAACGUGGUCCAGGCCAUCAUCGACGACACGGGCGACAACUGGAAGGGCUUCCCGUUCCUCUUCGCGCUGUGCGCCGCCGCGAGCCUUGUCAUCUGGUUCGGGGUAGAUGUGACGAGGGGACGGCACGAUGCGGUCGCGUGGGCGGGGCGGCAUCGCUCGUAUGCGGACACGGGCGUGCUCAGGGCGGACGAUGACUCCGUCGACGAGCAGUCGGAGAACACGAAGAGGGCGUGA